CAUACAAGCCCUACAAAUAUUAACAUCGUUGCAGUUGGAGACUGCCAUUUGUCUUGGAGCUGGAUUCUUGAAUUGUGUCUAUCAUGCCUGAGCCGGCGAAAUCGGCCCCUGCCCCGAAGAAGGGCUCGAAGAAAGCGGUGACCAAGGCGCAGAAGAAAGACGGCAAGAAGCGCAAGCGCAGCCGCAAGGAGAGCUACUCCGUCUACGUGUACAAGGUGCUCAAGCAAGUCCACCCCGACACCGGUAUCUCGUCCAAGGCCAUGGGCAUUAUGAACUCCUUCGUCAACGACAUCUUCGAGCGCAUCGCGAGCGAAGCGUCGCGCCUGGCGCAUUACAACAAGCGCUCGACCAUCACGUCGCGGGAGAUCCAGACGGCUGUGCGGCUGCUGUUGCCAGGGGAGUUGGCCAAGCACGCCGUGUCCGAGGGUACCAAGGCUGUCACCAAGUACACCAGCUCCAAGUGAGCGCACCCGCCACUCUGAAACCCAAAGGCUCUUUUCAGAGCCACCCA